AGAUCUGUUUCUUUCCAAGGCUCCACGAACAAUUAUCCAAGAAACAAUGACAAAUUCAUCGAUGGCCUUCUUCCUCCAGGCUUGGACCAAAAAUCCUGCUUAAGUCGAUACCAACUAAACCUCUACAGAAAACCAUCUCCCCACAAACCCUCUUUGCCUCUCCUCUCAAAGCUUCGCCACUACGAAGCUCUCCAUCGCCGCUGUGGACCCACUUCCCCAUCCUUCCGUCGAUCCCUCCUUAGUCUCACCUCACCCACAAACUCCACAUCCUCGCCAGAUGACUGCAAAUACAUCGUCAUUUUAACCCGCGACGGCCUCGGCAACCGGAUCCUUGCCAUUCUCUCUGCCUUCUUUUACGCCCUUAUCACAAAUCGUGUCAUUCUAAUCGAUCGAGGAAACACUCUCGAUGAUCUCUUAUGUGAGCCCUUUCUCGAAUCCUCGUGGCUUCUUCCCUUGGAUUUUUCUCUCCGCAGCAAAUUUGGGUCAUUCCAUCAGUCCUUUCCAGGCUCUUUUGGCAAUGUUUUGAGGAAUGGGAUGUUGAAAAAAACAAUUGAAGAUUCACCUCCGCCUUAUUUAUAUCUCCAUCUCUCUCAUGAUGCUGGUGAUUACGAUAAGCUCUUUUACUGUGACCGACAACAAAAUCUUCUCAAGAAAGUCCCCUGGCUUAUUAUGGAGACAAAUAACUACCUGGUUCCAGGAAUUUUUUUGGUUUCCUCUUUCAGAGAAGAGCUUAACAAACUCUUUCCAUCAAAGGACACUGUGUUCCACCAUCUCGGACGGUACCUCUUCCACCCAACAAACGACGUGUGGGGGUUGAUUUUGAGGUCUUACAAGCCAUAUGUCGCUAGAGCAGAUGAAAUGAUCGGGAUUCAAAUCCGAAUUUUUGGAUCAGAAUCUGGGUCAAUCCAGGACCAAAUGAAUCAGCUUCUAGCUUGCACACAGAAGAAGAAAUUACUACCGGAGGUCGAGCUAUCGUCGCUAGAGAAGACAAACUUCACCACUUCUCAGAAGGUGAAAGUUGUGUUGGUGACGUCUCUUAGCUCUCAAUACUCGGAAACCCUAAAGGAGAUGUAUUUGGAGCAUCCGACCGUGGACAGCGAGGUGGUGGCGGUGUAUCAACCAAGCCACGAGGGGUUUCAGAGCUCCGACAAUAGGAUGCACAACCGGAAGGCACUAGCGGAGAUGUACCUUUUGAGCUUGAGCGACGUGUUAGUGACUAGCGAUUGGUCGACGUUUGGAUAUGUGGCACAGGGGUUGGCUGGAGUGAAGCCAUGGAUGCUUUACAAGGCAGAGGAUAAGGUGUUUUGGGCUCUACAACACUGGCUAAAGUACAAAACGAGGAACGAGACGACUGACGACUGGCCAUGCCGGGAGGCAGUGUCAAUGGAGCCCUGCCUCCACGCUCCACCAGUGUGCGAUUGCGAUGAGAUGAAAAGAAUGGAUGGAGGAAAUGUUUUGCCAUAUGUGAUGCAUUGUGAAGAUGCGAGUUGGGGCCUCAAGUUAGGUCGAUGAAAUAUAUCGAUUUACAAAAUUAGACAUAUUAAGAGUUGUGAAUGUGUGUGAUUUUUCCUUUUUUUUAUUUGAUUUCUUUUAGUAGUAUAAUAUGUUAGAAUGUUUGAUGAUAAUCGGAACCUAGAACAAUAUGACAUCGAGUAGGAAAUCAAUCUCAAUUUUUAUUUCAAAUCA